AUGUCAAAAUUCAAUUCUUAUGAACACCUCAAGAUUUCUCUUAACAACGAUGGCACACUGAAUCGUCUUACUAAAAUGCCUAAAAUAUCAGCAAAUCCUAAUCCUGGUCAAGGAGAAUUUGUAGCAUCUAAGGAUGUGACAAUAAACAAUGAAACAAAAACAUGGAUUAGAAUUUAUUGUCCCACCAAAUUAGCUGCAAAUGAUGGAAAUGUGGCAAGACUCCCUAUUAUGAUCUAUUAUCAUAGUGGGGGUUGGAUUGAUCAUAGUGUAGCUGAUCUCUUCUACCAUGAAAGAUGCCUUCAAUUUGCACGAGAUCUUCCAGCUAUAGUUAUAUCCUUAGAAUAUCGAUUGGCCCCUGAACAUAGACUUCCUGCACAAUAUGAAGAUGCUAUGGAUACCAUUUUAUGGAUUCAACAACAAGCAUUAGAUCCCAAAGGUGAGCAAUGGCUCAAGGAUUAUGGAGAUUUUUCGCGGUGUUAUUUGGGAGGAAGGGGAAAUGGCGCGAACAUAGCCUAUAAUGCAUGCCUUAAGGCCAUCCAAGUUGAUCUAAAUCCAUUGACAAUCUCUGGGAUAAUUCUAAACCAACCCAUGUUAAGUGGAAAUCAAAGGACUAAAUCUGAGUUAAAGUAUGCAUGUGAUGAGUUAUAUCCCUUGCCAGUAUGGGAUUUAAUGUGGGAAUUGGCAUUACCUAAAGGAACAGAUAGAGAUCAUAGGUAUUGUAAUCCUAUGAAGGAUCCUAUGUUACAAAGUAAGAUAUGCAAAUUAGGAAGGUGUUUAGUUAUUGGAUAUAGCAUGGAUCCUAUGGUUGAUAGACAACAAGACUUUGUUUCUAUGUUGAUGGGUUGUGGUGCAAAAGUUGAGGCUCAUUUUGAUGUUGGAUUUCAUGGGGUUGAUUUGGUGGAUUCUAAACGAGGUUCUUACAAUUUACAGCUUAUUAAGGAUUUUGUUAAGUAAUAGUUUUCUUGUUUUUUGGCUAAACAGAGAUGAUAUUAUAGAUUUCUUAGUGUCAAUGACUCAGUGUCAUGUAGGCAUGAGAUGAAGUUGUUUAAUC